GCUCAGUUUCCGUGAAGUGCCGCCGCCAUCUUUUUGUCCCCGCGCGGCUCCCGUCGCGCCCCGUUCCGUUGCUAUGGCGGCGGCGCGGUGGCCUUGGCACUGAGGUGCGCGGGAACUCCGUGGGGCCCUUCCCGCCUCCUGGCCCGACCCCAUCCGGCCGCCAUGGAGGACGAGCUGUACCUCGAGAACAUCGAUGAGUUCGUCACCGACCAGAACCGCAUUGUGACAUACAAAUGGCUGAGCUAUACUCUAGGAGUCCACGUCAAUCAGGCUAAGCAGAUGCUGUAUGAUUAUGUGGAGAGGAAACGAAAGGAGAACUCAGGAGCUCAGCUUCAUGUCACCUACCUGGUAGCAGGAAACCUCACCCAGAAUGGACAUACAUGCCACAAGGUUGCAGUAGUGAGAGAGGAUAAGCUGGAAGCAGUGAAGUCUAAACUGACCACGGUUACCAGCGUGCAUGUCUACAGCAUUCAGAAAGCCCUGCUCAAAGACAGCGGGCCGCUCUACAACACAGACUACGAUAUCAUCAAAACCAACCUGCACAACUGCAGCAAGUGAGUUGCUCCUUGGUUUUCCUU